AUGGAGCAAGUCAAACAUGUCUACAAGAUACUCCCGUCCGCGCCCCAAGACCCAAUCCCGGCCGAGUAUCCCUUCUCUGAUCUCGACAAAGCCGACGGCUUCGUGCACCUUAGCACGAGUAACCAGGUCCCCGCCACGGCUGAUUUGUUUUUCGCCGCUGCCUCUAGCCUAUGGCUGUUGAAAUUUGACCUCGGCAACCUGGCCGAUUCAGUCAUUUGGGAGGACGGCUUCCCACACCUCUAUGGCAACUUUGGCGCAAAGGACGUGCAUUCCGUGCGGAAAUUCGAGCGCGCUGAGCGCCAGUCGUGGGCGGACAGUAUGCGUGAUUCAUCAUGGCUAAACUGA